AACGACACAUCACCAACACCACAGAGAGCCAAAAAUUGAGUCAGAAAAAAUGGCGGACCUCAGGAAAAUCUGUCCUGAGUCUUUGCCCUGUCGUGUCAACUAUUCCCGAAAAGCGUCAUUUCAGGGGAAGCUCUUCGUCCUCCUCUGCGUGCUCAUAGUGGAUUCCGGAGGAGCCACCACACACUGGGUUGUCACGGAGGAUGGGAAGAUCCAACAACAAGUUCACUCACCUUUGAAUCUGAAGCAUCCACAUGACGUUGUGAUCUUCAUGAGGCAAGAUACCCGCGUCAACUACCUCAAGAAGCUGGAGAAGCAGCUAGUGGCACAGAAGAUUCAUAUCGAGGAGAAUGAGGACAGAGACACGGGGCUGGAGCAGAGACACUACAAAGAGGAUCCAGACUGUGUCAUGGCUAAGGUACCCCUGGGAGACCUGGACCUGUAUGACGGCACUUAUAUCUCCCUGGAAAGCAAAGACAUCACCCCUGAAAACUAUGUGGAUUCCCGGGCAGCCAUGCCCCCGGAGCUAGAAAAACCUGACUGUGCGAAAGUGUUUGAGCUACCUUAUAGUAUCCACGCUUUCCAGCAUCUCAGGGGUGUGCAGGAGAGAGCGAACCUGACCUCCCCGCUGCUUUCUAAGGAGGAUCCCAUCUUCAGUUCCUUGUCUCACAGGCUGGGUCGCAGUGUCGACGAGGCCGGCCACCGCAUCCAUCAAGGGUUACUGAGGAACUCGACGUCCUGGGUGCUGUACAACAUGGCGUCUUUUUACUGGCGCAUGAAGAACGAGCCCCAGAAGGCAGUGGACUGCGUGGUGCGCGCGCUGCAUUUUUCCCCGAGGCAGCAGAAGGAUGUAGCCUUGGUCAACAUGGCCAACAUCCUGCACCGCGCCCAUUUCUCCGCAGAUGCUGCUAUUCUCGCCCAUGCCGCCCUGGACCUUACCUCGGACCUGUUCACCAGCCACUACACCUUAGGCAACAUUUACGCUAUGCUUGGGGAAUACAACCACUCCGUGCUGUGUUACGAGCAGGCACUGCAGGCCCAACCGGGCUUCGAGCAGGCCCUGAGGAGGAAACAUGCCGUGCUCUGUCAGCAAAAGCUGGAGCAGCGCCUGGAAGCUCAGCACAGAUCACUGCAGCGGACACUAAAUGAGCUGAAGGAGUACCAGAAGCAGCAUGACCACUACCUCCACCAGCAGGAGGCACUGGACAAAUACAAGCUGCUGCAGGAAGAGCAGAUCCUCCGCAACAUUAUCCACGAAACCCAGAUGGCCAAGGAAGCCCAACUUGGGAACCAUCAGAUGUGUCGGUUGGGUCAGCAGCAGCGCAGCCUCUACUGCCCUUUUGACCUGCCUGUGCGCUAUCACCGCGGCGACCUCUUUGAACACGUCCAAUACGUCCAAUUUGGUGAGGAGGUGUCAGUGGCAUCCAGCGUGGCCCUCGUGUCCGAGCGCAACUCAAACCAGACGGCGGUCAGCCCCGAGCUCCAUCCCUCUGUGUCCGGAGACCAAGACCCUGCCGCUGCCCUCUGGGGCGGCCAUCAGGAUUACACCGAGGACAUACAGAGGAUGUUGUGGCCCCAGAGGAGUGACUGUGCCCACGAGUACCCAAGCAUUCCCCCCGCUCACCUGCUGCCAACCUACUACCUUCCACCUGAAACACAGGGCCUCAGCCCAGUCGCAACUCUCCUGUACGGGAGCAACAGUCCUCCUCAGACAGUAGAUCUGCCAAACUGUGGUCCGGUCCCCCAACCAUAUCCAGCCCUCCUGCCUGCCUCACUGGACUGGCCUCUGGAGGAAAAGGAGCUGCCGGAUCCCUCUGCCACUCAGAUUCUGCUGUCACGCAGCGGAGGAUGGACGCUGGAGCAGAUCGGCUCCAGAAUAGCUCAAGCUAUGAAAGACACUGCACCACCCUGGCAGGUCCGCAAUGAGGCAGCUCUAUUCUGGCGGGCCAAAGGCAACGGCAGCCAUGCCCUGCAGUGCCUGCGCCAAGUGUUGAGCUCAGCCCCGCCUUCCCACCGCCACUUGUCCCUCACCAAUGCUGCUAACCUGCUGCUACACCACGGCCUGACCACCCACGCACAAACACUGCUGGAGCAAGCGUUGGCUCUCAAUGCAUCCGAGCCCCACACCCUGUUCAGCCUGGUGAGCGUGCAGCUGGCCCAGGGCAAUGUGACAGGUGCUCUGGCCUUGUUCCGCCACAUCCUGGUGACGGCCCUCUCCUCCUCCUCCUCCCCUUCCUCCUCUUCUUCUUCUUCCUUCUCAUCCCUCGCCGGCUGCGAACAGUGUCGCGCCAGCCUACCUCUGCUGCGCUGUCUGCAGUUCUACCCUUUCCUUUACAAUCUUUCCCACCGACAGCCCUGCCCACGUAAGUCUCUCUUAAGUAUAAUGUAUUACUGUAAUACUACACUUCCUGAUGUACUAAAAUGUGAACUGUUGGCAUCCAGCGUGGCCCUCGUGUCCGAGCGCAACUCAAACCAGACGGCGGUCAGCCCCGAGCUCCAUCCCUCUGUGUCCGGAGACCAAGACCCCGCCGCUGCCCUCUGGGGCGGCCAUCAGGAUUACACCGAGCCCAGUCGCAACUCUCCUGUACGGGAGCAACAGUCCUCCUCAGACAGUAGUCUGCCAAACUGUGGUCCGGUCCCCCAACCAUAUCCAGCCCUCCUGCCUGCCUCACUGGACUGGCCUCUGGAGGAAAAGGAGCUGCCGGAUCCCUCUGCCACUCAGGUCCGCAUGAGGCAGCUCUAUUCUGGCGGGCCAAAGGCAACGGCAGCCAUGCCCUGCAGUGCCUGCGCCAAGCUGAGGUGCUCUGGCCUUGUUCCGCCACAUCCUGUGACGGGCCUCUCCUCCUCCUCCUCCCCCUUCCUCCUUUCUUCUUCUUCCUUCUCAUCCCUCGCCGGCUGCGAACAGUGUCGCGCCAGCCUACCUCUGCUGCGCUGUCUGCAGUUCUACCCUUUCCUUUACAAUCUUUCCCACCGACAGCCCUGCCCACAGGGCGCCGCCUGCAUGGCUGAGGACGACCUCGGCAUACAGCUGGAGGAGUGGGAGGGCAGCGAAGAGAAGCAGGACGUGCCCGCCAUUUCUGCCAUUGAGGACUCUUUGCUCUUUGAGAAGGUUAUCCUGGACAGUAACGGGUCGGGCGAGGCAGCCGGACAGCAGCGGGCUUCUCCCUCCGCCUCGGUAACGGCUAACAUGGCCACCCCGUUCGGUGGCGGAGGAGGUGAUGGGGAGGAGGAGUGGCAGCUGAAGGAGGACCUGAUGGGAGCCUUCGAAGGGGCGCUGGAUGUCGGUGGCAAACGGGGGGACCUGCGAGGUAUCCGGGUGCUGAAGAACGACCGGGUCAUGGGCGCUCGUGCCGGUGGCGGGCCCUGCUUCGGAAACUGUGAGGAUGACGACGGAGCGGAAUGGAUCACUUUCCAGGUAAAACGGGUCAGGAAGGCUAAGGUGGACGGGACAGACGGUGUUACCAGCUCUGAUGACAGCCAGAACGGGGACUCACUUCCUGGAGGACACUCUGUCUUGGAGAUAAGUGGGCCAACUAUCCCAUCGCCUGGCCCUUCAGGUCGCUGGAAGGACUACACAAGUCUUGGCUGGCCGGGGCCAGAGGAGUGCCAGCGGACACGAAGGGUAGACCUCACCACUGUAGCGAGCACCUGGUUGGCUGUUUCUGCUAAGAACAUUGAUAUCACAGAGCACAUAGACUUCGCCACUCCACUCCAGGAGCCAGCUGCUGAACCUUUAUGCAACGCUAAUCUAGCUGCCAGUAUGCACACCCUCGACCACCUGGCAGGGGUGGCCAACCGCGCCGCCAUCCACUACACCGGAGAGAGUCAACUGCGCGAGGUGCUGCAGAACCUCGGCAAAGAUAAGUUCUCUCCUCAGUCCUUUGAGCAGGUCGGCACGCGCAUUGCUAAAGUCCUGGAGAAGAAUCAGACAUCAUGGGUACUAUCCAGCAUGGCUGCACUUUACUGGAGGGUGAAGGGUCAAGGCAAGAGAGCCAUCGACUGCCUGCGACAGGCCCUCAACUACGCCCCCCAUCACAUGAAGGAUGUGCCCCUGAUCAGCCUGGCCAACAUCUUCCAGAACGCUCGGCUGUGGGAGGACGCUCUCACAGUCGCCCGCAUGGCAGUAGAAAUUGCCCCGCACUUUGUCGUGAACCACUUCACCCUCGCCAACGUCUACAUAACAAUGGAGGAGUUCGAGAAAGCUAUGCGCUGGUACGAGUCUACUUUAAAGCUGCAGCCAGAGUUCGCCCCCGCCAAAGAUCGACUAAGAACCAUUCAAUGUUACCUGCUCACCAAGAGGGACCGCCGUCAGCCCUGAAACCACUGAAAGCAGUCGGAUCCCAGGAGUACUCUGCAGUCAUGCGCACACCAGAUAAAGAAUACUCAGACUCAUGCAACACUCAUCUGAAGACCCGAGAACCUGAACGUGGUUAAAAGAUGAGGUAUCAAAAUCGACAUCCAGUUGAGUCUGGGUCCUUUUUUUCUGUUUGGGGUUGAACUCCCCAAAGAAUUAGAUUUGAAACGACACAGAGUACAACUGUAGAUAAUUUUGCCCCCACGUGUUAACUGUCGAACGCAGGACCUCUUGUUAUCUUACAAUCAAGAAGUUAUGAAACUCUUCUUCUUUUUUUUUUCUAGAUUUGCUUGACUCGCAAAAACAGGAAAGGGAAUAAAAUAGAAUAAGGCUCUGAAGUUCCACUUAAUUCUGUGUUAAUUGGAAGAAUUUGUUAUUCUUCAAGACAUUUUAGCGUUUUGGUAUGAGGAGGAAGAGGCGGCAUCUAGGAAGUUCUCAAAGAUAAUAACAUACUACAACCUGGAGAUGGCGCCCAUGUUUUAAUUGAACUUAAUUGGAAAUUUCGAGUGCAAAGGAAUGUUUUACAGUAUUUGUUUAAGUUUAUUGCUGAGACGGUAGGAAAUACGCCUCUCGACUCAGAGGUUAAAGGAGUUUGAAUUAAACAAUAUAUGCCCUCACCUUUUCUGCUUCAUAAAAUGGAUGGGAAUUCUCAGUUUUUGCACUUUUUUCUAUAUCAUUCCUAUUUAUAUGGGACCUACGAACUGUUUUUGAUUUUUGCUCCGAGAUAAUUUAAAUACAAAAAAGAGAGGAACUGAACUAUGCUAUUUACAUUCGCUUCUUAACUUAUGGAAUUCAUAAGGCAGAAACAGGAUUUGCCAUUGACCAUCUUAAACAAAAAAAACAAACAAAAAAACUCUGAAAGUGGAAUCUGUAUUAAAUGUACAGUAUUAAAGGCAGUGUGUGGAUUUCAUUG